AUGGCAGAUCUGCCCGGUUUCCGCGUACAGGAAGCUCAUCCAUUUGCCAUAGUCGGCAUUGAUUACGCGGGACCGUUACAAAUGGAGGAGCUAAGUCUACGUAAGGCCCAAAUUUGUAAAGUCUACAUAGCUGUUUUUGUUUGCAUGACUACGAAAGCCGUACAUUUAGAAAUCGUUUCUGAUUUGUCCACUGAUGCGUUUUUGUUAACGUUGGAUAGAUUCGUUGCCCGACGUGGCCUACCGUCGUCCAUCUACUCUGAUUAUGGUACCAACUUUGUUGGGGCAGCCAAACAGCUGCGACAGUUGAUCAACCGUUCUGAUCAGAGUGAUAAAAUAUCAGGGCAUCUACCCUGUGCUUGGCAUUUUAAUCCCCCUGGUGCUCCCCAUUUUGGUGGGAUUUGGGAGGCGGCUGUUAAGUCGGCUAAAUCUUUACUUCUUCGCACCAUGAAUGCUCAGACUUGGACGUUGGAAGAGGUCACCACUGUUCUUUGCAGGGUUGAAGCCGCAUUGAAUUCGCGCCCGCUCGUUCCCACGUCUGCUGACCCUAAUGAUCUUGAGUGCUUGACUCCAGGACACUUCCUGAUCGGUAGACCGUUGCUUUCUAUUCCCGAUCCAGAGCCCUCUAAUACUCAAGCGUCCUUGCGUACUCGCUGGAAGCUCCUCCAGCAGCCGUUUCGUUUUUUCUGGCGACGCUGGUCACAGGAGUACCUGAGUACUCUUCAAACUCGUGGGAAGUGGACCAAGUCAGGCAACAAUAUUGAGGUUGGUAAUAUGGUAAUAGUGAAGACUAUUGAUGCUCCUCCCCUCUCCUGGCCAUUAGGUAGAGUUAUAGAGGUGUAUCCGGGCACAGGCCAGAUAGUGCGGGUAGCUAAGGUUAUCACUAGCCAGGGAGUGUUCACUAGACCAGUAGUAAAGCUAGUACCGUUGCCUACUGAUCCGUAG